AUGGCAAACCACGCGGAUCGUCCAAUCACCGGCGACACGAAUCCGGCCCCAACACAGCAACAUGUGCUAGGUAUUCCUCGUCCUCCCUCAGUGGGAGGAAUCUCUUCCAGAGUGACAGAUGACGAUGGGGAGCGGACAGUGUCUUUCACGUCACCUCCUCCGUCCCUCCAGCAUGGACCCUCGACCUCCAGACGUGGUCCGCCUCCGACGCGAAACUCAAUUACCGCGGCCAGUCAGGUCACCAGCAGACCUGGCAGCUCUGCUAGCCGACUGAGUAGAUCUCAUAUUCCGUCUUUAACGGCUCAGGCAUUCUUCCGGCCAAUGAGUUCACAACGAUUGCAAGCACAUCGAGGAACUCGCCCUAGAACCAAGGGAACUUUUUCGUCCGACGACUGGACAGAGCAAGGAAGUCAGAACCGAAGAAGCAUAGUUUCCAACAGCACAGUCCCCCAAGGGUCUAUUCCUCAAACAGAUAUAGAAGCCCCGCCGUCUCGGGGCACAGAGUACACGGAUCCCAUCAUGCCAGACCGCAACACCUCUAACGCUAGCCCUACCGGCAACACGACCAUCCGAAGUUUGGGCGACAGCGUCAGGCUUUUGCGAGACAGAGAUCAGAGACAGAUUCCCCAGCCUGGCCGUCUCAAUCUGGGUGCGAACUAUUCAGGACAGGCUCCCCAGGAUUUACCUCCAAGAUCACCACUUUCAUUCCUCUCAUUCCAACAAAAUAGAGGAACAACACACGGUCAUGACUCUCGGGGCCACGAACAUCUUUCCUCCGCUGGUUCUUCUCCGGGACCUCUCGAUGUGAAGAACCCUCCUCUGCCAAAAUCUAAUCUCGGGAAAAACUGGGAAUAUUUCACUGGCAAUACUCUCUUUUGUGGAGGAGGGCGAUUCCAGAAUGCGAGAGACAAGCCUGUCAACAUUGCAACAGGGCUUCUAGUUGUCGUACCUUCAGCUCUGUUUCUCGCCUUCUCGGCCCCUUGGCUAUGGCAUAAUGUCUCACCUGCCAUUCCCAUCUUGUUCGCCUAUAUCUUCUACAUUUGCAUCUCAUCCUUCAUUCAUGCGUCUACCGUCGAUCCCGGGGCGAUCCGUUGGCGCUUGGCCCCCCCUACAAAUGACUGGGUGAUGGUUAAGCUCGCUACUUCGGAGGUGGCUGCCAUGGACGUGCCCGUUAAAUACUGCAAGACAUGCAGCAUUUGGCGACCUCCCCGCUGCUAUCACUGUCGUGUCUGCGACAACUGUGUCGAGACCCUCGAUCACCACUGCGUAUGGCUCAACAAUUGUGUUGGUCGUCGCAACUAUCGCUAUUUUUUUACCUUUGUCAGCUCUUGCACCAUUCUAUCCUUCUUUUUAAUUGGUGCUAGCCUCGCACAUAUCUUGCUCUAUAGGUCACAGGAGCACAUCUCUUUUGGGGCCGCAAUCUCCAAAUGGAGAGUGCCCUGGGCUAUGGUGAUCUAUGGUGUCGUUGCAGUACCGUACCCUACCUCCCUUUGGAUAUACCAUUUGUUCUUGACUGGCCGUGGCGAAACAACAAGGGAGUAUCUCAACUCGCACAAAUUUGCCAAGGCCGACCGCCAUCGACCCUUUACUCAAGGAAAUGUUCUCAAGAACUGGAUUGCUGUCCUUGGACGACCUCGACCUCCCACCUACAUGCAAUUCAAGAAACGUUAUGAGGAUGGUGAUCAACGAUUGGGAACACAGAAGCGCAAGUAUCGUGUCCCCGAUGUUGAGUCCCAGGGAGACAUUGAGAUGCAACAAGUUGGAUCCCAGCAGGGCUAA